GGGAUAGGGAAGGAAAGUCAGAAAGUGGGGGAUCCACUGAAGCCCCCACCACCCAGGAGCUGCUCAUGCAGCCACUCAGCUUUCAUAAUUCACUCAGCAAGAAAGGACUGGCUGCUUGUCUGAGGAGGACUGCAGGAUGACAUAGGAGGUGUCCAGGAAGUUUGGUGGGCAGCCCCUUGGCAACUCUACUGACCCAUAGCAAGAGCCCUCUGAGAGAUCUUGCUUCCACCUUGCCCAUGCCCUGCAACCCUGUUAAACUUCUUCAGGAGCCAACAUGAAUGAAUUUGCCCCCAACCCCAGUAGCCCCACCAAGGAACCCACGGAGCCCACAUCCAGUGGGGCCUUGCUCCAGGAGGAUGUCGACAUGAGCAGUGGCUCAAGUGGAAAUGAGACCAACGAGAACUGCUCCACAGGGCGGGACUCGCAGGGCAGUGACUGUGACCACAGUGGCAAGGAGCUGGGGAUGCUGGUGGAGCCCCCUGAUUCUCAAGAGAGUCCAAGUGCCUACAGCCUGAUACUGGCGAAGUCUGAACACAACCCAUCUACAAGCGGCUGCAGUAGUGAGCAGUCUGCCAAAGCCAACACGCACAAGGAGCUGAUCAGAACGCUCAAGGAGCUGAAGGUCCACCUCCCCACAGACAAGAAGGCCAAGGGGAAAGCCAGCACGUUGGCGACCUUGAAGUAUGCCCUGAGGAGCGUGAAGCAGGUGAAAGCCAAUGAGGAGUAUUACCAGCUGCUCAUGUCCAGCAAGAAGCACAGCUGCGGCCCCAACGUGCCCUCCUACACCAUAGAGGAGAUCCAGAGCGCCACCUCCGAGGUCAUUAUGAAGAGCACGGACAUGUUUGCUGUAGCUGUGUCCCUGGUCACAGGGAAGAUCCGGUACAUCUCCAACCAAGUGGCCUCCAUCUUCCACUGUAAGAGAGACACCUUUCACGAUGCGAAGUUUGUGGAGUUCUUGGCGCCCCAUGAUGUUAGCCUGUUCCACAGCUCCACCACGCCUUACAAGCUUCCUCCGUGGAGUGUCUGCAGUGGGACAGAUUCUUUCACUCAAGAAUGCAUGGAGGAGAAAUCUUUCUUCUGCCGUGUCAGCUUUGGGAAGAACCAUGAAGAUGAGAUCCACUACCACCCGUUCCGUAUGACGCCUUACCUGGUCAAGGUGCCGGAGCAGCAGGGCGCUGAGAGCCAGCUGUGCUGUGUGCUGCUGGCAGAGAGGGUGCACUCCGGCUAUGAAGCCCCUAGAAUUCCUCCGGAAAAGAGAAUUUUUACGACCACACAUACACCCAAUUGUUUGUUCCAGGACAUAGACGAAAGAGCAGUUCCGCUCCUGGGCUACCUACCUCAAGACCUAAUCGAGACCCCUGUGCUUCUGAAGCUUCACCCCAGUGACCGGCCCUUGAUGCUUGCCAUCCACAAAAAGAUCCUGCAGUCUGGUGGGCAGCCCUUCGACUAUUCUCCCCUUCGGUUCCGCACCCGGAAUGGGGAGUACAUCACACUGGACACCAGCUGGUCCAGCUUCAUCAACCCCUGGAGCAGGAAGAUCUCCUUCAUCAUCGGGCGGCACAGAGUCAGAGUGGGCCCUUUGAAUGAGGAUGUGUUUGCUCAGCCAUGCGCAGAGGAGCAGCAGGCCCUGCACCCCAGCAUCCAGGAGCUCACCGAGCAGAUCCACCGGCUGCUGCUGCAGCCUGUCCCCCACAGCGGUUCCAGCGGCUAUGGGAGCCUGGGCAGCAACGGGUCCCACGAACACCUCAUGAGCCAGACCUCCUCCAGUGACAGCAAUGGCCAGGAGGACGCCCGCAGGAGAAGAACAGAAAAUUCUAAAAACGGUAACAAGGUCAAAACCAAAAGUCAUUAUUCUGAUGAAUCUGAAGAACAGAAGAGAAAAUCUGCUACAGAAACACACAAUAGUUCUCCUGCUCAGAUGACAGCCGUACCGGCCGCAGAGGACAGGUCCGGCACCAGCCCGCCCACUGCAGCCUUUCCAGAGGAGCUGGCCUGCAGGAACCAGCCCGCCGGCUCAUACCAGCAGAUCAGCUGCCUGGACAGUGUCAUCCGGUACUUGGAGAGCUGCAGUGAGGCCACCACGCUGAAGAGAAAGUGUGAAUUCCCAGUGAAUACUUCCACGCAGAAGGCCAGCGACAAGCGAAAGGCCACAGGCAGCCCCAGGCCACCUCCUGCAGAGGCAGUGGUACCCUCUAGAGCAAGCACACAUGCAGACGUCAGCGCGCACUUGACCUCGUUGACGCUGCCCGGCAAGGCGGGGAGCGUCGUGUCUCUUACCAGCCAGUGCAGCUACAGCAGCACCAUCGUGCACGUGGGUGACAAGAAGCCACAACCUGAGCUAGAUGAGUGGUCUGCAUCUCCUCUUACAGAGACGGUGGAAGACCCUGCAAGUGGACCUGAGUCCCUGGACUGCCUCUUGGGCCCCGCCAUGCCCUGCAGCCUCAGCCAGGAGAAGGAGCCCUUUCGGAGGCUGGGCCUCACCAAGGAAGUGCUGGCUGCCCACACCCAGAAGGAGGAGCAGAGCUUCCUGUUGAAGUUCAAGGAAACGAGGAAACUUAGUGCUCUCCAGUCUCACUGCAAUUAUUACUUACAAGAGAGAUCCAAGGGGCAUUUGAGUGAAAGAGCUGCUCCUGGACUAAGAAACACUUGUGGAAUAGAUUCACCAUGGAAAAAAACUGGGAAGAACAGAAAACUGAAGUCCAAACGGGUCAAGCGUCGGGACUCCUCUGAGAGCACUGGGUCUGGGGGGCCCGUGCCCCACCGGCCCCCGCUGGUGGGCCUGAAUGCCACAGCCUGGUCACCAUCAGACACAUCUCAGUCCAGCUGCCCUUCGAUACCCUUCCCUACUUCAAUGCCAGCUUACUCCCUGCCAGUGCUCCCAGCCACAGGAAUUGUACCAGUGCCAGGGGCCGUGGCAGCAGCACCUAUGGAGCCCCACACCAGCUUCACGGUGCCCACUGUGCCCAUGGACAUCCAGCCCCCACCUUUCACCGCCCCCUUGGCCCCAGUCAUGGCCUUGGUGUUACCCACCUAUCCCUUCCCCACAGUGACCCCGAACUUGCCCCCGACCCUCUUCCCUGCUCAGAUGAUCCCUGCCUCGCAGCCUGAGUUUCUUGGUCAGACCUCACUCCCCAAACAGUCGUGUGCUUGUCCUCGGGCAGAGUGUUGGCCACCAGUGUCACGUGUGGCCACCCCGGCUACGCCAGUGUCAUCCACCGGGCCAUUGGGCCGGGCCUCCCCCCCACUUUUCCAGUCCCGCGGCAGCUCACCUCUGCAGCUCAACCUGCUUCAGCUGGAGGAGGCCCCUGAGGGCAGCACUACGGCUGCAGGGACAGCAGGGUCAGCAGGUCCUGGACCAGACUGCAAACCAGGCAUAUCCUGGGACUGGCCACCAAAGGCACCACCGAAUACAAGGAUUCCCUGCUGCUCUUACUCUACAGCGGGUGGCCCCGCAGCGCCUACGCAAGGUGAGCCCUCGGAUGCCCAGAACAGUGAUGCUCUCUCCACGUCCAGCGACCUGCUUGACCUCUUACUGCGCGAGGACCUCUGCUCAGCUGCAGGGUCAGCCCUGUCUGGAAGCGGGGCCUCUGCCACCUCAGACUCCCUGGGCUCCAGCUCUCUGGGCUGUGAUACAUCCAGAAUUGGGACAGGCAGUAGUAACACCAGCCACACCAGCAAGUAUUUCGGAAGCAUUGACUCUUCAGAGAAUAACCACAAAGCAAAAGCGAAGGCAGACAUGGAAGAAAGUGAGCACUUCAUCAAGUACGUCCUCCAGGACCCCGUCUGGCUGCUGAUGGCCAACACUGACGACAGUGUCAUGAUGACGUACCAGAUGCCUUCCCGAAACGUGGACGAGGUUUUGAAGGAGGACAGAGAGAAGCUGAAGCUGCUGCAGAAGCUGCAGCCCCGGUUCACCCAGCAGCAGAAGCAGGAGCUGCAGGAGGUGCACCCGUGGGUGCGGGCAGGCGGCCUGCCCUCGGCCAUCAAUGUAUCGGAAUGUGUUUACUGUGAAAGCCAGGGAAAAGGCAGCUUUUGUGUACCAUAUGAAGAAGACAGCCCUCCUCUGGCACUCAGCGAAGCCACAGACAAAAAAGAAAGGGAAAAUGGACCUCCCCUGAGCCACAAAAACGAAGGGCAGACGUAACUGCCCUCACUCCACCCCCACCCACUCCAACAGCCAAUCUACCUUACACGGUGAUGGAAGAGGACAGAGCUUCACAAUUUGUUUCUAAGGAAAUGGACAGAUCAAUUUUCGUUGUU